CGAUUCAGGAACAAUCCAGCUCACGCGUACAAAAUCAGCGAACACUUGAGAAAUUCUCUACGCAGUUUCUUCUUCUUUCUAGAUUCUCUUCGAGAAGAAACAGCAAAUAAAAAUGGAUUCCUCGAGAGUAGCAGAGCUUAAGGACUUCAUUCAACAGUGCCGCACGAACCCUUCAGUUCUCCACGACCCAUCUCUGUCCUUCUUCAAAUCCUACCUGCAGAGUCUUGGUGCUCGGAUUCCACCGGACCCUAAAUCGGGUAAAGGUAGUGUUGACAACAUGUCAGACACAAAAGAAAAUGUUGAUGCCAGAAGACCCAAUCUUUCCUCUGAGAAUGAGGACGAGCUCGUCGAGUCUGAUAUUGAGUUGGAUGAUUCUGAUGUAGUGAAACCCGACAAUGAUCCCCCGCAGAAGAUGGGAAACCCUUCAGUUGAAGUUACUGAAGAAAUGCGGGAUGCUGCGCAGAUACAAAAAUUAAAAGCCAUGGAUGCAAUCUCUGAUGGUAAGCUGGAUGAAGCCAUUGAUGAUUUAACUGAAGCUAUCAUGUUGAAUCCAACUUCAGCUAUAUUAUAUGCAACCAGAGCUAGUGUCUUUGUCAAACUGAACAAACCAAAUGCCGCAAUACGUGAUGCUGAUGCAGCUUUAGAGAUCAACCCCGACUCAGCUAAAGGAUAUAAAAUCAGAGGAAUGGCGAAGGCCUUGUUGGGCCACUGGGAAGAAGCAGCAAGAGAUCUUCAUUUGGCUUCAAAGUUGGAUCAUGAUGAGGAGAUUGGUUUGAUGCUUAAAAAGGUUGAACCUAAUGCACACAAAAUUGAAGAGCAUCGGAGAAAAUAUGAACGCUUGAGGAAAGAAAGGGGGCUAAGAAAAGCUGAGAAUGAGAGGAAAAAACAGCAAGCAGCCCAAGAUCAGGAAGCGCUGGCUGCUUUGAAAGAUGGGCAAGUUAUUGGCAUCCACUCUACUAGCGAACUGGAUACCAAAUUGAAUGCAGCUUCAAGAGCAUCUCGCCUGGCAAUUUUGUACUUCACUGCAACCUGGUGCGGGCCCUGCCGAGUCAUUUCUCCACUCUUCACGAGCUUAGCUGCAAAGUACCCAAAAGUUGUUUUCCUGAAAGUUGACAUAGAUGAGGCAAGAGAUGUGGCUGCACGCUGGAAUAUUAGCAGUGUUCCUUCCUUUUUCUUCAUAAAGAAUGGCAAGGAGGUUGACAAGAUAGUAGGGGCUGAUAAAAGCGCGCUCAAAAGCAAGAUUGAACAACAUUUAAUCUAGAAGUGAGUUGAUCUUUUAAGAGCCGUGGUUCCAGUAGUUUCUCCUUAUUAUUAGCUGCGGGUUUGAACUUCUCAAUAAUUUCAAACAUGGAAUCUAUGUUUUCAGUAAUGGUGCUGGUUUGUAAUGAACUGAUGUAGUUUUUAUGUAAUUGAGAAUGUCUAGACAGCAUAGUGCUGCUACAUUUGUGCUAGAGGUGAACUGGAGCACAUGCUUGGAAAGUAAUCUCAUGUUAUAUACAUGAAUAUAUGAAACAAUUGGGAACAUCUGUUCUUGGC